CCCAAACGGCCCUGUGUGGAAGUGAAAGCUCAUUCUCAUCUAAUAUUUUGCCAAAAUGAUUCUCAUCAACUACGUAGCCAUUAACAACCACCUCAAGUGUAACGUUCCACCAUCAUCAACUAGCCAUCCUUUGCUUUUAAACCAAGACUUGUUGACAUUCCGUCCUCUAACUCAAUGUGUUAAUCCCCCUUUUCUUAAUUCUCUUUAUCGCAUAUUCAUGAAAUCAAUAUCCUUCAUGGCAACUCCCCCUGAUUUGGUUCUUCAUCUUCCUGCCACCACGCUUAAAAAGAACAAGGCUAGUCGACAGCAAAAGAGAGAGGAGCUCGAAAUAGAGGUUUCAACACUUCAUAAAAUGCUAGAUCAUGAACACAAGGUUCAUGAAAUUUUGGAUAGCAGCGUGAAACUCCAACAGAAUGGCUCUGUUGUUUCAGUCCCACCCUUUCUUCCUCCCAAGGUGAAGGAGCUUUUGACAGAACUGGCUAUGGUUGAGACGGAAAUAAUUCGAUUAGAAAGCCAGAUCAGCCACCUAAAAACCGACUUGGCUCAGGAAAAGAAAGUGACCAGAGAAUCAAAGUCUGUAAAAUGGAAAGACGCGGCUAUUUUAAACAAUACUCAUGUGUCAUCUUCAUCAUCAGAACUUCCACCAAACCCUAAGCCAUCAGUAAUUAAAGGGUUUACUGAGAAUAUUGCAUUUGAGACCAAGGCAUUACAUUUCAUCAGCAAAGCUAUCAAAGGUGACUAUAAUCUUAGUGACUUCAGUAUACAUGAGAAGCUGAAAAGUUCGAGAGCAUCUUUCCCUGAGCAGAAAGAAAAUCAUUUCAAUCAUGAGGUUGGAUUUCAAGAGCGAAUGAGCAAGAAGAGUGGAAUUCUCAAGCCUCCCUCGCCGUUUAGAGAUCCAAGACACAAGACUCCCAAGAAAGAACGUAACCAAGAUAUGGCUAAUGAACUUCCGCCAAAGUAUGUAUCAACUCCAAUACAUCAGACAGAGGAGGAAAACAUUCACAAAUUGCCACCAAACAAGCUAUCAGAAAACAUCAUGAAGUGUCUUGUUAACAUAUUUGUGAGGCUAAUUAGGACAUCAAGAGCCAUGGAACUUGAGAAAUCAGGUCCCAUUUCAAGGUCUGCGAAUUUUUCUCUGAGCUUCAGAGCUGAGACAAGCUUAAAUACAAAAGCAAGCCUUAUGUUGCAGAAAGAUUCAAGGCAACAAGAUCCAUAUGGUAUCUUUGAUAUGGAAGAGUCCAUUCCAAGAGAUAUUGGCCCCUACAAGCACUUGGUUCGAUUCACCUCAAGCUCCUUGGACCCCAAAUGCAUUUCCAAUUCUAGUUCUUUCCCGCUGCUUCAGAAGUUGAGAGAGUUGAUGAAUGGACUUCAAAAGCUGGAUAUGAGAUUUAUGACUUACCAACAGAAGUUGUCAUUCUGGAUCAACAUGUACAAUGCUUGCAUUAUGCAUGGAUUCCUGCAGUAUGGAGUUCCUUCUAGUCCUGAAAAGUUGCUCACCUUAAUGAACAAGGCUACUCUCAACAUUGGAGGAAACACUAUCAAUGCACAAUCUAUUGAGCAUUUCAUACUGAGAAACCAAACCUCCUCGUUAAGAAAAGAGAUUUACCAAAAGGAUGAUAAAGAAGCCAUUGCUCGUGAACUCUAUGGACUGGAUUCAUCUGACCCAAAUGUCACAUUUGCGCUGUGCUGUGGAACCCGUUCCUCUCCAGCAGUGAAAAUUUAUACAAGUGAUGUGCUAGCUGAAUUGGAGAGAACAAAGUUAGAAUACCUGCAAGCUUCGAUUGUGGUGACAAGCAGCAAGAGGGUAUUGAUCCCUGAGCUACUAAUCAGGAAUAUGCAUGAAUUAAUUGGGCAAAAUAGUAAGAAUAACAUGGAAUCAUUAGUGGAAUGGGUGUGUCACCAACUACCAGCAUCAGGGUCAUUAAGGAAAUCAAUGGUGGAUUGCUUCAGAGGGCUUAGCAGUGGCAAGCUAUCACGGGUUGUUGAUAAGAUUCCUUAUGAGUUUGAGUUUCAGUAUCUGUUGUCCAUGUAAAAUCAUAAUGUUUCCGUAACUUUAUAAUUCACUACAUAUACAACUACAUAUCUAUUAGUAGGGUCUUGGUCUCUCACAGAUGUACGUCAGGAAGCCCCUAACCAACAUAUCAUUUUCUGGCCAUGACAAAAUUUUAAUACGUUCAGCGUUUUUAACCGCUGGACGGGGAAAAUAACCUCGUCCAGCGGUUGGAUGGAUGGUAUGUUGCUUAAGGCCUUAAGGGUCCUGCCGUCCUGGCAUGGCAUACCAGUACACCUAUUAGUAAUACAAAAUAAAUCUCUACUUGUAAGUGUAAAGGGUGAUUUUUGUUCUGUGAUCCCUUGCAUCGAGAGUUGGAUUCCAACACAUUUGUUAAUAGAAUCUUUUAUAUCA